AUGGUACUAUUCAUGGCCUUGGCAUUAAUGCUACUGCCACAGGAGGUGUGUGCUGUUCCUGUUGCUCAGUGUAAUAUCAGCGACCCUUUUGCAGAAAAUCAUAUGUAUUAUCAGCCAGGAGACUUCAUCAUUGCUAGCAUUAUUUCUCAGAUCUACAGAUUUUCCAACCCUGUAAACUUCGAAAGACAUCCCUCUCGUGAACUCCUUGACCUAGUCCAAUUCAUGGCAAGUGGGACCUACCUGGCUUCAUUGGAACUUCUCUCCACAAGGGGCAGAUUCAUCCCAAAUUACAAAUGUGAUUGCCAGGAUAAUACAGUAGCUGUCAUAGGGGGUCCUAACUCAGAUGUGUGUCUCCUCAUGGCAAACAUUCUGAGCAUCUACAAGAUUCCACAGCUCCGAUACGGCUCUGCUCCAGUGAUGAAUGAUCAAACCCAAGGAGCUUUCUUCCAGCAGAUGUUUCCUAAUUGGUACCACCAGUAUAUGGGGAUUCUCCAGUUGCUUCUGUUUUUCAAAUGGACCUGGAUUGGGGUGGUUUGCUUGCAUGCUGACAGUGGAGAGAGAAUUGUCGAGACUGUCCUUCCCAAGUUUUCCCAGAGUGGUAUCUGCUUUGCAUUUAUAGAAUUUUUUCGGAAUCUGACACGUUUUUCUGCUGAUGGUGGAGAAAUGUUGGAGUAUGUAAUGGAAAUGUUCAAGGUUAUUAUGAGAAGCACUGCCAAUGUUGUGGUCAUACAUGGUGAAAUUCAAACUAUAGCAUUUUUGAGAAUGUUCCUCCAGAUUUCAGAGAUUGAGGACACACCAGUGAAGACAAAAGGGGACGUCUGGAUUAUGAUGGGCCGGAUAGAGUUCACUUCACUUUCCUUUCAAAGACAUUUUGACAUAGACAUCAUCCAUGGUGCUAUAUCCAUUGCAGUUCAAUCAAACAAGGUGCAAGGAUUCCAAAAAUUUAUUCAGAUGAGAAAUCCCGCCUUAGAAAAAGAAGAUGGCUUUAUCAAGGUCUUCUGGGAGGAGGCAUUUAACUGUUACUUCCCCAACUCAGAGGGAGAUGAGCUGGAUGGGGAAAUCUGCACAGGGGAUGAGAAGCUGGAGACACUUCCUGGGUCUGUUUUUGAAAUGAGCAUGACUGGCCACAGCUACAGCAUCUACAAUGCUGUCUAUGCUGUGGCACAUGCUUUGCAAUCCAUGCAAUUAUCCAAAUUGAAAAACAGAGCAAUGGUGGAGAGAAGAAGAGAGAACCUUCUGAAACAACAGCUGUGGCAGCUUCAGCACUAUCUUCAAAGAGUUUCAUUUAACAACAGUGCUGGAGGGGAGGUUUCCUUUGACCAAAAUGGAAACUUAGUUGCUGGAUUUGAUAUAAUCAACUGGGUCACAUUCCCAAACAAGUCCUUUGUGAAAGUCAAGGUUGGACAUAUAGACCCCAUCAGUUCAAAAGACAAAAAAUUGAACAUUUCUGUGGAUGCCAUGGUAUGGCCCAGUGCUUUUAACCAGGCACAGCCUCUUUCUUUGUGCAAUGACUUUUGCCAACUGGGUUAUGUCAAGGCAAAGAAGGAAGGGGAGCCUUUUUGCUGCUAUGAUUGCCUCCUGUGUCCAAAAGGGAAGAUUUCAAACCAGACAGACAUGGAUAACUGCUUACAAUGUCCAGAAGAUAAAUAUGCCAGCUUCAACCAGGUUCUAUGCAUUCCAAAAACUGUAAACUUCUUAUCUUAUGGAGAACCUUUGGGAAUUAGCUUAGCCAUUAUUGCUGUCUUCUUUUCCUCCAUCACAGCUUUGGUGAUUUGGGUCUUCAUUAAGCACAAAGACACUCCCAUCGUCAAAGCUAACAACCGAAGCCUCACCUACACUCUGCUCAUCUCCCUCCUUCUCUCCUUUCUUUGUGCUCUGCUAUUCAUUGGGGGUCCUGAAAAAAUGACAUGUCUCUUGCGCCAAACUGCCUUUAGCAUAAUCUACUCAGUUGCUAUUUCUUGCAUUUUGGCCAAAACUUUAAUUGUUGUUCUAGCUUUCAUGGCCACCAAGCCAGGGUCCAACAUGAGGAAAUGGGUAGGGCAAAGACUGGCCAUUCCUGUUGUUCUUUCCUGUUUCCUGAUUCAAACCACUCUUUGUAUUGUGUGGCUGGCAACAUCUCCCCCUUCCCCAGAUUUUGACAUGCAUUCAGUGGCUGAAGAGAUAGUUUUGGAAUGUAAUGAAGGAUCAGUCAUCAUGUUUUACUCUAUCCUGGGCUAUUUGGGCUUCCUGGCCCUGGUCAGCUUCAUGUUGGCUUUCCUAGCUAGGAAGUUACCUGAUAGUUUCAAUGAAGCCAAGUUCAUCACCUUCAGCAUGUUGGUCUUUUGCAGUGUUUGGAUCUCCUUUGUUCCAACCUACUUGAGCACCAAAGGGAAAUACAUGGUUGCUGUGGAGAUCUUCUCCAACUUGGCCUCCAGUGCUGGGUUACUGGGAUGCAUCUUUUCCCCCAAAUGCUAUAUCAUUCUAUUAAAGCCUGAGCUUAACAAUAGGGAGCAGCUGGUGAUAAGAAAGAUUUAA